GUGGGAGUUGGCGUCGCGGUGCUGGGCGCUGGAGCCCUAGUUUGUAUAGUUUGGGAAGUCGGGCUGUGGGGUCGCACCUGUCUGUCUGAUCCCUGCUUUCCUUUGUUUCCUCCCACGGCGCGGGGGCCUCGCGAAAGAAUCCCCGGCCCCUUCGGGCCACAGCGGUAGCGGUGCUUUUUGCGAUUUUCUUGUAAUCACAUCUUAAAGCCUUCAAGAUGGUACUAGCAGACCUUGGAAGAAAAAUAACAUCAGCAUUACGCUCAUUGAGCAAUGCCACCAUUAUCAAUGAAGAGGUAUUAAAUGCUAUGCUGAAAGAAGUAUGUACAGCAUUAUUGGAAGCAGAUGUUAAUAUUAAACUAGUGAAGCAACUAAGAGAAAAUGUUAAAUCUGCUAUUGAUCUUGAAGAGAUGGCAUCUGGUCUUAACAAAAGAAAAAUGAUUCAGCACGCUGUAUUUAAAGAACUUGUGAAGCUUGUAGACCCUGGAGUGAAAGCAUGGACACCCACUAAAGGAAAACAGAAUGUGAUCAUGUUUGUUGGAUUGCAAGGGAGUGGUAAAACAACAACAUGUUCAAAGUUAGCAUAUUAUUACCAGAGGAAAGGUUGGAAGACCUGUUUGAUAUGUGCAGACACAUUCAGAGCAGGAGCUUUUGACCAACUAAAACAGAAUGCUACCAAAGCAAGAAUUCCAUUCUAUGGAAGCUAUACAGAAAUGGAUCCUGUUAUCAUUGCCUCUGAAGGAGUGGAGAAAUUCAAAAAUGAAAAUUUUGAAAUUAUUAUUGUUGAUACAAGUGGCCGCCAUAAACAGGAAGACUCUUUGUUUGAAGAAAUGCUUCAAGUUGCUAAUGCUAUACAACCCGAUAACAUUGUUUAUGUGAUGGAUGCCUCCAUUGGGCAGGCUUGUGAAGCCCAGGCAAAGGCUUUUAAGGAUAAAGUAGAUGUAGCCUCUGUCAUAGUGACAAAACUUGAUGGCCACGCAAAAGGAGGUGGUGCACUCAGUGCAGUUGCUGCCACAAAAAGUCCAAUUAUUUUCAUUGGUACAGGGGAACACAUAGAUGACUUUGAACCUUUCAAAACACAGCCUUUCAUCAGCAAGCUUCUUGGCAUGGGCGACAUUGAAGGACUGAUAGAUAAAGUCAAUGAGUUGAAGUUGGAUGACAAUGAAGCACUUAUAGAGAAGUUGAAACAUGGUCAGUUUACGUUGCGAGACAUGUAUGAACAAUUUCAAAAUAUCAUGAAAAUGGGCCCCUUCAGUCAGAUCUUGGGGAUGAUCCCUGGUUUUGGAACAGACUUUAUGAGCAAAGGAAAUGAACAGGAGUCAAUGGCAAGGCUAAAGAAAUUAAUGACGAUAAUGGAUAGUAUGAAUGACCAAGAACUUGACAGUACUGAUGGUGCCAAGGUUUUUAGUAAGCAACCUGGAAGAAUCCAAAGAGUAGCGAGAGGAUCAGGUGUGUCAACAAGAGAUGUUCAAGAACUUUUGACACAAUAUACCAAAUUUGCACAAAUGGUAAAAAAGAUGGGAGGUAUCAAAGGACUUUUCAAAGGUGGUGACAUGUCUAAGAAUGUGAGUCAGUCGCAGAUGGCAAAACUGAAUCAACAAAUGGCCAAAAUGAUGGAUCCAAGAGUUCUUCAUCACAUGGGUGGAAUGGCAGGACUUCAGUCAAUGAUGAGGCAGUUUCAACAGGGUGCUGCUGGCAAUAUGAAAGGCAUGAUGGGAUUCAAUAAUAUGUAAAGAAGAUGCCUUAAUAUAAACUGACUCUGUUGAUUACAUUAUUUGCUGAGACCUCAGAGUUUCCCUCCUUUUUGCAAACAGGAAAAAAAAAGAAGUAUUUUUCUUGCCUGUCUUGCCAUUUUUCUUCCUCUUCUCUUUUCCCCCCCUCUCCUUUUCUUCUUUUUUCCUUUCUACUUCCCUCUCUCCCUUUGAUACAAGGGAGGAAUAUAUAGUUUUUGUGGAAAUCAUUUUAUUUUUGCCUCAGAUUUUCUUCUGUUAGUUUUCACCAUCAUAAUACUUCUUAAGUUAAACAAAUCAUGAUGUAAAAUUUAGUACUUAAAAGUUUUUAAUUGUCUCAAAGGCCAAGCAUUACAUUUGUAAACAGUCCUGGUCAGUAGUUACAUGAUGUCUCAAUAAAAGUGCUGUAAAAUAAACUU